UGAGAUCAAAACAAGUGAGAAGUCGAUGGAAGGAUCCUGCUGCAACUUCUUGCAAGGUUCUGGGGAGAGUACUCUGUUGCAAUGAGAUGGUCGAAUCCUUGUUGUAUGGGCCUUCCUUCUCAAGUCCAGACCCUGUUGUUCUGUGAAAAAUAUCGGCCUCCGUCUCUGCGGCAUGAAUACGAUGGAAUUACUGGACUUGGACUCCCUUGCUAGCUCCUAAGGUUAAAACCUCGCUAGCUAACCUAACUAACUUUUGAUGCUUAUCUGUUGAGCUGCCACUGGCUGUGGUUUAUUCAACGCGCUACCCGUCGAUUUUGAUAUCACUAAUAAAAAAGGGCUUAUCCCAGUCAAGUCAACAUUGAAUGGGCAACUCGGAGCCAAUGUCAACCCGCCUCCCCGACAAGAACCCCACGUCACACGCAGGGUUCCGAUCGGAGGCUUGGUAUUUUCGUUGUUCACAACAAAAAUGUUGAAAAAAAAUUUGAAAAAAAAGGGAAUAAAAAGGGCUGUCCAAGCCUCCCGAAAAUCCAUGUUUCAUUUGUCUGGUACUAACGUUGCGAGACCAGCUACUUCCACCCAACCUUUCCAUUCACUAUUUGAAAGCUCCCGGAUUCAAAAAGUCAAAAAUCAAGCCGGGUCGGUCGUCGGGUCGCAUCGGUGCACCCCAAAUGCGAAACAUUUCGGGCCAUCUGCUUGGGACAGGGAACCGUUCCGGGCUACAGUCAUCUCUAGACUGCAUUCUGGUGAGUCACACGAUAUACGGGCUGCAAAGGUGCUAUCCCCCUUCUGUCGGUAUGAGCAAGCCUCGGCAUAAAACAAUAAAUUUAAAUUUUUUCGUCAUAACUGCGUCAAGAACCAAGCAAGCUUUCGGGACCAUAAUUUUGUUUUUCCUUUUUCACUCAUCGCAAUACAUAGCAAAUCCUUUGUCACUUGCAAUUAUGUAUGUAUUCCGGGCGUUGGACAGUGCCGGUACACACGGGUUGACAGGGGCGAAAGGGAUGUCUGCGAGAAAGAAGCACAAGAAACGAAGGUUGAACUUCAGAUGCCAAAAUGCCCAACGGAACAGAUCUUUGAAAUUCAUGCCUAGCGCAUUCGGUCUUUCGGUCAUGGAGAUCGAAAAGCUUAUUUGUUUUUUUUUUUUUUUUUUUUGCUCUAACCCAGGCAUCAACAUCAACAUCCACGUAAAUAAGGCAGCUUCUUCCAAGGUUCAUUCCUUCUAACCCUCCAAUGGUAGGCAACGAAAAUAUGAAACGAAAGGAGAAGAAAAGAAAGCAGCCCCCAAUGACAGCCAAAAAACUCCCUCCUUCGCAACACAGAGUGACUUAUGAAUAAUGAGUCAGGAUGAGCCUUAAUGAACCAUUUCCCCGUAUCAUCCCAACGAGGCGUGACAUAUAGUUACCCGUAGACAGACUUAUUAUGCCACAGCUAACCCGCCCAACCCGAACAGUGCACGAGCCUAGUUCAUUAAAACACAAAAAUAAAGAUCCGAUCGGUAAGUUAAGUCUCGCCUUUAUUUGCCUAGCCAUUCGACUUCCGAGCGGACCUUUUAUGUCUGCCUAUAACGUACAAGCCAAAAAUAGAUCCAAAAUCGCCACUGCUAGAGGAAUGAUUCGAGGGGAAAAGUUAUUGCCUGACAUGACGUUAUGUAUGAAUAUAGUUGGCCUCGUUCGCUAUCCAUGUCAUGUUUCUUGAUUGCUUGCUUGAUUGAGAUGCAAAAAGAAAACAUUAAACUCUUAUAUAUAAUAUUCCUCUCGAAGCCUCAAGCCCACCCACCUCUUAACCCCGACCGUUCGACAAAUUAACUCCAGUGCUGGCCUAUCUCCAUCCAGAUGUCCCUCAUACAAAGAGGUAAUAAUGACAGGAAUGAGGGAGAUGGAGGAAGAAUGUACCGUACUACUGUAUGUCUGUACGAAGUACUUGACUUGAUACGGAUCAGCGAGUUUCAGGUUUGCUGAAUGUGACCGUUUGCGGAUACUCGGGAUCUAUGCGAAACUUCCCCAAGGUUCCUGUGGUUGUGGAGAUGGGGGGAGAUCUUUGUUCCUCUCCAUCCACGCACUGCUUGCUAUUAUUAUCAAAAUAAUAAUAGCUCUCCCUUUCUUUCAAUUUUUAGGGUGAAAUCUUAACUCAACUAUUGUUCCCAUUCUUUGCUUAAACUUUAUAAACCUUCCAGACAAUUUCUUUGUGUCUGCUUAAUCUGCACCGGUUACUCUCUUCCUAUCAUUCUUCCGGGGAGUUGGGUCAUAUAUCCAGCCCGCCCGUUCCCCUCACACGUUUCCUUUUUAUCAUAGUUUUUUACCCGUGGUAAGGCGAUAGAUUUUGAGAUGAUCAUUUAACACUCAGCAAAGUUGAUAGGACCAUUCCACGAAUUAUGGUUAUAAUGCCACCAGAAACUCCAUGCGGGUGCCGUUUAUAGAAUGAAAUAAAUGUCCUGUCAAUUACCUUUAAGAUACAUCAGACAGCGCUGUCCUAGAGUCCGGCGCGGGUAUAACACGAUUUACCGUGUGAUAAGGACGAGAUCGAGGUUCUCGUUCCCCAAUUCCUCCGAAAUAGGCUGUGGGCAUGCUAUGCUAUAUAUAGCUCUCUACUCUCCGUAGCUUUUGACUGAAGACGUUCAACUUGGGAUAAGGCGGGCUUCUAGGACUGGCCGUUGCAAUUUGAAGGGGCACAGAUAAUGUGCAUAUCUGUUGAAGGGACAAGAAAGAAGGAAUAGUGACGAACACGCUCUACCCUUCGAAUCAGUGGUAGGUAGGUGUGGGUGAGAAAGAGUGAUUAGGGAUCAAGAUAGAGGGGCCUAUGGCUUCACCGGGCGAUGCCAGGCUGUAACCUAACAGCUCCGCUGCCUUGUCAAUAAUAUUGAGUUCUGUCGAAACGCAAAUUCCCCAGACCUGGGGGUAAAACGGGUCCAUGUUGGGGACCUCCACAUGCACAUAGGUGUAGAGAGAGAGAUAGAAGGGCCAGGGAAUAUUAUGGCUCUUCUACGACCCAAA